UUAUCUCUCAGACCUACUGUUCUGAAUGAAUGUGGUACUUGUCAAGGGGCAAUGGUUCCACCCUUGACCUGCUAUUCCUCUUUUGAAACAUUUAAUUUUUAUUUUAUUUGUUUCUUAAAUACAUAGAAACCAAAAUUUUUAACAUUCUAUUUAAAAAAUAUUGAGUUCCAAAUUCUCUCCUUUUGUCCUUUCCCUGCCUUGAGAAGGCAAGCAAUUUGAUGUAAUUUUAUACAUGUCCAGCCAUAUUACCAUCUUAGCCAUAUUGCAGAAACAAAAACACUCCCCCCCCUCCAAAAAAAAAAAAAAAAAACAAACCAUUCAAGAAUAUCAAAGUUUAAAAAGUAGGUUUCAGUCUGCAUUCAGACACUUAGUUUUUUCUCUGGAGGGAGAUAGCAUUUUUCAUCAUAAGUCCUUUGUAUUGUUGAGAAUAACUAAGUUAAUCAUUGUGCAAUAUAGCUGUCUCUGUGUACGAUGUUCUCCUGGCUCUGCUCAUUUCACUUUGCGUCAGUUUGUGUAAGUUUUCCCAGGUUUUUCUGAAAGUAGCCUGCUCAUCAUUUCUUGUGGCACAGUAGUGUUCCAUGGGAAUCAUAUGCUAUUGCUUUUUCAGCCAUUCCCCAAUUAGUGGACAUCCCCUCAAUGUCCAAUUCUUUGAUACCACAAAAUCUGCUCUAAAUAUUUCAUGCAUGUAGGUCGUUUUCUUUUUCUCUGGUUUCUUUGUGAUACAGAGUUAGUAACUGUUAGUAUUGCCGUGACCUGAGUUUCUGUAGAGAACUGAAUCUGACCAGUGCCUCCUUGCCUUGGUACAGAGGACGUAAGAGUAGGAAAAUAUAGAUAUCUACCUUAGUACCCUGAUGAAGGGGGAAUCAGCUUCAUUAAAACUAUCCCUAAGUCUAGAAAAUUUCAAAUUUACCUGUGUGUGAAGGGUGAUGAAAGAAGUUCCCUGGGUUCAAAAACCUCCUGGGAUGACCAGAUAUUUUCAUUAACACAGUCCCUCCCCGUCUCCCUAUUGGCUCCACCCCCUCCAGCUCUACAGCUUCUCCCACUUUUAAUAGGAUGGGUUAGGCCGGAGCAGACGCUGAGUUUGUGUACAAAACAGCCCUAGAAAACCAAGAAAAAAGGGAGAGCCUAUGGGACAGGAGAAAUAAGAGCAGAUUACAAGGUUCCUGGGUGGAGCUCCAGAUGAACGGCAACGGAAAUGGCAACGAUGGGAAUGGAAAUGGGAAAAAUGGGGGUCUGGAGCAUGUUCCCUCCUCAUCCUCCAUUCACAAUGGAGACAUGGAGAAGAUUCUUUUGGAUGCUCAGCAUGAAUCAGGACAGAGUAGCUCCAGAGGCAGUUCUCACUGCGACAGCCCUUCCCCACAAGAAGAUGGUCAGAUAAUGUUUGAUGUGGACAUGCACACCAGCAGGGACCAUAGCUCUCAGUCUGAAGAAGAAGCUGCAGAAGGAGAAAAAGAAGUGGAAGCUUUGCAGAAAAGUGUGGACUGGGUAUCGGACUGGUCCAGUCGGCCUGAGAACAUCCCCCCCAAGGAAUUCCAUUUUCGACACCCUAAACGCUCCGUUUCUUUAAGUAUGAGGAAAAGUGGAGUUAUGAAGAAAGGGGGCAUUUUCUCUGCAGAAUUUCUUAAAGUGUUCAUUCCAUCGCUUUUCAUCUCUCACGUUUUGGCUUUGGGACUAGGCAUCUAUAUUGGGAAGCGGCUGAGUUCCCCAUCCGCUAGCUCCUACUGAGGGCGAGGAGCCCGGACGCGCCCGUGAAGUGCUCUCCCUGUCCCGUUAGUGUAUUGGAACUCGAGACCAUUCUCAGCAUGCCCCAGUCCGCGACCCUCUUUGUACAUGUCCACGGUCCAGCUCCUCUUGGGAUUCAGUAUUUUAUCCAAGCUCUUGGGAGGCCUUGUCAUGACCUCGUUCUCUUCCUGGCCUGUAAGACCCUCAGUUUCCUCACAGAGUUUACCGGUGUCUAGAAAUUGGCAAAGUCUUCUUUUCAACAGAGGCCACCAGCAAGUGAUUUUUCCCCCCCGACCCCGUUUGUUGCCUCCUUUUCCAUCCCACCUCAGUUAGAGCUGCAGCAUUCCCAUAGAAGUAUUGACUGCUUUAGGACAACGGUCAUCACUCUUCUAAAAAGAAAGCAGGUUAGCAAGCGUCUUAUCAAACCUUGAUUUUUCAAGACAAAGACGAGCUCUCGUAAGCUCAUAAUUUAUAGUUGUAACAAAAACAAGAAAAAGAAACACAAAAAAAGUAGUCUGUGGCAAUAAAAGAAAUGUAUUUAAAACCAGCUUAGGGGCCAUUUUCUCUCCAAGCCUCCCGGUGUUGACCAGCACGUUGGAAAUGUGCAGGAGGUCGGCCGCACGGAUAAAUGAUGGCGACUAAGCAGUACGAGGACCAGAGAGUUGUCAGAACGCCGAGCCCGCCCUUCUGGCAGGCAGGGCCGCAGGCUAGACCAGACAAGGAAGGGGACGAUGCUGGGAACUUUGGGUGGGUGGGUGGGGAGUUUUCCUGCUAUGUGUGAAGUUGUUUCGUUCUUCAUCUCUUUCCUUAAAGGAUUGUUUUCCCCUUUUUUCCCCUAAAGAGAAGUUCUGCUUGAUGAAUUCUAGUUGGUUUGGUGCAUUUCUAGGCUUCUUGUUAUUGGAAAUUCCAUUUCUUCUGGAGCCCUUUAAAGACUCCCUUGGGCCUCCAGAGCUCUGCCAAGCACGGGGGCCGCUCUGUGCAGCGCCCUGGGGGGUGGGGAGCAGUUGACCAAGUCCUGAAACGAUGUUCCUUCUGGUGGCGGUCCAGAGCUCCCGUUUGUUACUGUUUACCGUACAAUCUUCCCCAGGGCAACGCCAGGGACCCUCGAGCAGGCUGUCUCCGGGGCACCCUUUCUAGGUGAUGGAACUCUGCAUUUGGGGAACACGGCCUCUUCUUCAGUGACACUUUCCUUCUUCAAAAUGUGAAGCUUUAGUACCAAAUUGUUAGGAAGCAUCAGGACUUCCAGUGUCCUCGAGUAGCUUUUAUUGGAUUUCAGAACAUGUAGCAUGACUGAAGGAUACUACUAUAUGUUUGUUAUAUAAAUAAUUACUGUUUAUGAUAUAGAUUUUAACAUUGGCUAUUUAGAGAACCAUUGUUAAUUUGACAACUAGCAAUUUGCUCAUUUAAUUAGUACAUUAGGUUGAUGUGAGUAAAAUACUAAGAUAACCAGCUUGGCCAAUUUGCAGAGACAUUUCAUCAAACUGUUUUUUCUGCAUCACGUUUUAUAAAAUGGAUGAGUUCUGGCAGAAACGAACCAACAGUCCAUACACAGAAUUCAGUUCUUAACUGACUUGUUUGUAUUAGUACAACUGGCUAUGGCGAGUAUGAGAUAACUCCUUGAUUGUGCUUCAAUUUGUUUUCUCCUACCAUUCGAGAAGACGUUGUAGGUGUGAGCCAGGGCCAAAAUAAAAGCAACAAUUAAUUCUUUUUAGAUGUCUUUGUUAUUUCUCUUCUCCAUCUGAAUGUGGUAACACUCGAUUUGCUUUCUGUAACCUAUUUAUUUCAAGUAUAUUCAAGUAUAUAUCUUGGAUUUCCUUUGGAGGUGAUUGAGAAAUCCGGUGAGGCUGUUCACUAAGAUGGCAGUGAACCCAUGGUUUAAAAGUGAUAUAAAUGGAAAAGACUAGUUUACUCAUAAGGACUAAUUAAUGGCACCUUGUUUUGUAUUAGAAUUGGCACAGUUCCGGGAGCCGGGAGGGAGGGGGCAGGAAAACAGAUUUCAAUUUAAAAUUGGGCACAUCUUUUUAAAAGAAAUAAAUGCACCCCUCCCCUUUUAUAAGUUAAAUACUGGUUUUGAUCUGUAGUGUGUUUAAAACUUGAUUAUCUUUACAGCUUUUUGACCAUUGAAAAUAAAUCCACCUCUGUCCUAUAAUUUCUCAAGUAGCUGUGAAAUCAACUGUUCUUGGAAUCUUACCGAAAUAAAAAUGCCUAGAGCUUGUUAUCAUGAGAUGAUAUGAGGCAGUAUUUAGUGGCAACCCUCCUAAAGGUUUGGGGUGGAAGUCUUGGUGUCCCAAACUGAGUGAACACAAACAGAUCAAUGUGUAAUCUGACAAGGGUUUCGGCUCUUACGACAGUUGAAGUUUUGUAAAGAUAAAUGUUUUAAAAGCUUUAUACCUGUUUACAGUUUUGGAAAUCAACGCAGGCUUCAUUUAUGUUUAAUGAAAACUGGCUUAAAUAUUUGUAAAUAGGAUCAAAAGCAAAAAUGCAUAAACUUGCACAGGGCAACAUGGAGCAAGUUAGCUUGCUGUAGCCAAGCAUUGACUGUUCGGGGGGAAAAAAAAAGAAAAAUUGAAGAGCACCAUUCAGAUUCUUUCAGCAAAUUGAACCAUUUGAUGAAAUGAUUGGAAUUAACUGAGCCAAAGUGAUUCGGCAUUCCUCAUCGAUUUAGUUAUUAGCACUUUGUAACAUUAUAUACAGUUUACAAUAUGUGUAUAAGCUGUAGUUAUAAACAUUUUGUGCCAUUAAAGCUCUCACAAAACUGG